AUGCAACUUUAUGAAAGACAUCAAACGUCCCGUUAUCAUGUUCGCCAAUUGGAAUUAAAGCACAUUCAACUUACUGCAGACGAUGUUUCUGCUCUAACAUUUGCCUUUCCACAUAUUGAUAGUUUGGUAAUUCACUGGAGCAUUUGGGAUUUGCUGUUAAAGCAAAUGGACCAUUCUCCUUACGAAAAACAAUAUGAAAGGUCAUCUAUUGCUGUUUUUGCCGAUGCAGAUUUGCUCUUUGAUCAUAUACAUCCUUCACAGGGUUUUGGCGCCUAUUUUACGGCAGUUCUUUUAGUUUAUGUAUAUCACUUUGUUAUUACACGCGUCAACUCACUCCAAAGAAGGCAAUACAUUGCUGACUUCAAGUAUAUGUCCCUUUCUCCUGCUGAUCGUAACAAUAAAGCUGUAGAACUGCGCCGCGAUCGUUGUCUUCAGUCUCUCAAGUUCUCUACCACCGUUCAAAUUUUCAACAUUUUUGGACAAGUACUGUCCUAUGUUUGCAAGAGCUCAAUAAGUCCAUUAAUAUACUGUUGUGCAGUAGCGAUUUGUUCAAUGCUUAACAUCUGUGGGUUUUUGCUGAUAAGCUCCAAUAGAAGCCAACAAGUCGUUUAUUUCCAGAAUAUCAGUUUGAGGAAUUAAACGUUGUUCUUGUUGUGUUUCUUCGACAUUUGCAUUGCUGGUUAAAGUAUUAAGCUUGAACUUGUAUUUAGGUGCUACGUUUUACAGAUUAUUAUAAACAUUCCUUUCCUGUUUAUAGGCAAAUUUUGAGAGGCUA